AUUAGGCCGGAAGAUGCGAAGGUGGCUAGUAUUCGAGACUGGCCACGACCUCAGACAGUCACUGAGGUCAGAUCAUUCUUAGGAAUGUGCGGCUACUAUAGGAACUUCGUCAAGAACUGUUCUACAGUCGCCUCACCUUUGACUGAUCUAACUCGACUUGACACACCGUGGGACUGGAGUGAUGAGUGCGAGGGUGCUUUCAAGAGAUUGAAGCAUGCACUCAUGAAUCAUGAAGUUCUCAUGGUUCCCGAUCCACAAAAGCAAUUCAUAGUGACCACUGACGCAAGCCAAUAUGUCAUUGGCGCAGUGCUGGCUCAGCAGGAUGGGAAAAAGUUGAGACCGAUUGAGUACAUGAGUAAGAAGACGCCAUCGAAGAAGUUGGCUAAGUCCACCUACGAAAGGGAACUCUAUGCUCUCUACAAGGCACUUGUCCAUUGGAGACACUUCCUUCUAGGAAGGAGAUCGAUGUUGCCCCCUGCCAUGGAUGGACAAGUCGACAUCGAUCAUAUUGUGGAUCACAGGGAUAUGCCUGUUCCGAAGCCGCUGGGUCGAGGAAGACCUCCUAAACCCAAGAGGGAGUACCGGAUCAGAUUCAGGCAUCAUACGGAUCCUAAAGAAGAUCGGUGGUUUACCCGGGAGGAACUGAUGGAAACAGCUCCUCAGGUGGUAGCAGAUUAUGAACAGAAGCUAAAAGGGAAGGCACCUGCGAACUGUCUCGCCGAUUGGUCCGUUGCUCUUAAGCUGCUCCGUGUCACUGUAGAUCCACCAUGGAGAGCCCGUGAGGCGGGAAGGGAUCUGGGAAGUCCGCAGGAGGUCGCAGAGGAACUACAGCCAAAAAUGGCGGGAGGGUCGCGCAAACUGCCAAAUCUGGCCGAGGGCCGUAUUCCCGGUUACUCCGGGUACAUCCCCAGCAUGAAGAACCAUCUUGUUGGCAAUCGAUACUCCGAGUCGACAAGAAGGGCCAAGGAGUGCACGGAUCUGAUCAAAGCUGGAUAUAAUCCGUCCGGAGAGAAGCGGCUUGUGGACAUGCGCCCUCAAGGGAGGGAAUACCUCUAUGCGCAGGUGGCACCCAUGUCGGGGGCCCCUCGUUAUCAGUACGAUCCCCGAGUUUGUUUCUAUCGUGUGCAAAAACGGAGGGCUCCGCGGUACAUGACGAAGUUUCUCGGAAUCGUCGACGUUCCAUCCAUGAACACGGUGGUCGGCGGGCCAGGAACGGGUCCUGUGCAGCUGCUGCAGAUGAAGUCGGCAUCCCUUCCCGAGCAAUCGUUCAAGGACCGUAGCAUCCAAACACGGAGAAUUUUCCCAGAAGAGCUCCCAGAGGUGGCGCUUGACACUCGGGGACAAGUGCCAGGCUACACAGGGCACCAGCAUGCCGGACAACAUUUAUUUGCCAAGUCCUAUGGCUCAACUACACGCCAGCUUGUGGUGGAUGUUCCCGAUGGUGAUACUAUCAAGAAAUCCAAGAGAUUUUUGUACUUCCGUGAUGCUAGACCGAUCGGAGAUAUCUUGACUGAGAAGCAUCGUAUACCUGGUUACCAGGUAUAGUUUCCAGCGUUUUUCGUCUAUGGCCAUUUUCAUGAAAUCUGCAUAAAAUAU